AUGGCGUCGCAGAGCGUGGACACCCUGCUCACUGACGAACAGUACGCCGUCAUCAUGGGCCUGUACUCAUCGGUCGGCACCGUUCUGUCCGUGUUCGGACUGGUCACCAACGCCGUCAACGUCAAGACAUUCGUGGCGAUGGGCGCGGACGACGGCGUCACCGUGGCUUUCCUGUUCCUGUCGUCCGCCGAGUUCGUCUGCUUCCUGGCGGCGCUCGGCCAGGAGCUCGCGAUGAUCUUUUGGGUGACUGAAAUGACGAGCAAGUAUAAAAUUGUCUUCGACUUCCACCCGAUGAUCUUCAACAACUUUUUCAGCAACGCUCGGAAUUGCUUUUUCGACAUCCCCGUGCUCAUAACGUUGUACCUCGCCGUGGCGAAAUGCAUGUGCGUCAUCAGACCGCUGCAUUUUAAAAACAUGUUCUCCGUCAAACGGACACUGUGGGUCAUGACGGGGAUCAGCGUUUUUGCAGUCCUGAGCUACCUGCCGAUCCCGGCCAGCGCCGGGGUCACGUGGCAGUUCGACAAGAACAUCAACAGGUCAAGGCCGAUGUUCUGGACGUCGGAGCACAGAAACAUCAUCAAAAAUGUCGUCCUCAACGCCAGGGAUUCUUUUCCGAGCAUCGUGUCCGAGAUCGUCAUCCUCGUCUGCAUCUACCUGAUGUCGAAAUCCUUGGGUCGUGCCGCUAAAUUCAGGGCUUCAACAAGGUCCGGGGCGAUCGUUGAAAAGACCGCGAAUCCGUACCGGGCGACCACGGCAACCGUCGCCAAAGUCGACACGAAGCUGAAAGGUGCGGAGCUCCAGGUGAUCAAACAGGUGGUCGUCAUCUCGGCAAUCUACAUCGUCGGCAACACGCCUAAGAUCAUCAUCUUCAUGGUCUUGUACAUUGUUCCGGAUCUCAGCUUCGGGAACCGGUAUCAGUACGUGUACAUCGUCAUCAUGAACACCAGGGAACUCAUUGAGAUGUUCACGUCGGCUGUCAAUAUCGUCAUAUACUACACGUACAACUCGAAAUUUAGGCGUUACUGUAAAUGUUAA